AUGUUCUUCACGCUUAGCUAUACCACUCAUCUGAUUAUUUCCCUUCUGCUACACGUGGCCGGUAUAGGAAUGGGAAUUUUUGUCUGGCAUUUGUUCCCGAAAAAUGUGAGUUUUACGCUCUCCCAUCAAUCCUCUAGUUGUCAGUUUUCCAUUACCGAAUAUGCUAAUAGAUUAGGUUUUAUACUCCCUCAAUAUUCCUCGACUAAUUCCUUCAAUGGCCUUGAGGUAUAUCGGAGGAGCAGCUUCAACCACUUCUCUUGCAUACUUUUCUUCGAGCUCCUGUGA